AUGGCUACAAAAAAGGAAAUCCUGAAAACAGCAUCCACGGCUUCAUCUCCAGCACCACAAACAGGUCCUACACCAGGAUCAGCUACGGAUAAAGCUCAUUCUCCAGCAACUGCUAGUGCUUCAGCUACUCCAGCAGCACCGAAGCAAAAACUUGACCUUGCUGCCAUGAAUGACUUCACUGCUGUGCAAAUUGAAGACAUCCGAGAGACCUUCUCACUGUUCAUUAAAUCAAGCAACGGUGAAAUCUCACUUGGGCAGUGUGGGGAUGUGAUGAGGUCUUUGGGCUUGAACCCUACCAAUGCAGACAUUUUUAAAGUGCUGGGAACAUCAAAGAGUGAGGAGCUUAAGUCCAUAUUUGUUGACUUUGAGACGUUUCUGCCGAUGUUCCAUCAAGUCUUAAAGUCUUCAAAACAGGGUAAAUAUGAGGAUUUUGUGGAGGCAAUCAUGUGUGCUGAACUCCGACAAAUACUUCUUACACUCGGUGAAAGGUUAUCCGUCAGUGAAGUGGACCACGUUCUUGCGGGACAGGAAGACAUGAACGGUUUCAUCAAUUAUGGAGAUUUUGUGAAACACAUCAUGACAGAAUGAGUUACUCUCAGCUAACUGUUUCGCUGUCUAUCAUCCUGACCUUCAUCUGUAAAGUGUAAAGUGUCAUUCAUCAUGCAUGAAAGUCCUGCAAAUGAAAUAUCCAUGCUUCAAAUGCUUUAGCAUGUAAUCAUUCUAAAUCUAUAAAA